AUGUUUUUUUUACAUACAGAUGCGUCACAAUACGCGCAUUUCGUGUUCAAUGCCGUAAAACACAAGCAUGGAGGCAAAUUAAGCUUUGAGGAAUUUCUCGACACGCUGUCACGGGUUGCACGGGGUUCUGUCCAAGAAAAACUCUCCUGGGUCUUCGCGCUAUACGAUGUGGACGGUGAUGGGCGGAUCUCCAGGUCAGAGAUGCUGGCUGUAGUGCAAGCAGUAUAUGAACUACUUGGGCGGGCGGCGGUGCCCCCCGUACUUCCGGCGUCUGCUAAGGAUCACGUAGAUAAAAUCUUUGACCUGAUGGACACGAACGGCGACGGCGUGGUGAGUCCGGACGAGCUGGCGCACUGGUGCGCGCGCGAGCCGGCGCUGCUGCAGUCACUACAGACGAACAAUGAAGCGCAGGCGUCCUGUUCUAAAGUCACCAAUCCUAGUGAUAUCCCUUCUUCGCCCGCACGCCUUACGACGAUGUUAGCUGAAGAAGCAGCACCUCGGAAGGCGAAACGACGUGUUCAACAAUCAUUUUCAUCUCAAAAGACGCGGUGA